AUGGAGCUGUUCACGCACGCCAAGGCGGUGCGGCUCAAGAGCCGGCACGACAAGUUCCUCUACGCCGACGAGGACGAGCUGCACGUCACGCAGGACCGCAACGGCAGCUCCCCCAACGCGCGCUGGACGGUCGAGCCCGUCCCGCACGCGCCCGGCGCCAUCCGCCUCCGCAGCCGCUACGGCCGCUACCUGGCCGCCUCCGGCGAGGCCUUCCUGCUCGGCAUGACGGGACGCAAGGUGCUGCAGGUGGCCCCCGCCCCGGGCGGACGCCCCGACGCGUCCGUCGAGUGGGAGCCCGUCAAGGACGGCUUCCAGGCGCGCUUCAAGUCCCGCGCCGGCGCCGGCCGCGGCAACGUCAAGUACCUCAGGGCCAACGGGGGCGUGCCGCCGUGGCGGAACUCGGUCACGCACGACGUGCCCCACCGCUCCGCCACGCAGGACUGGGUGCUCUGGGACGUCGAGAUCGUCCAGGUGCUCACCCCCGCCGCCACGCCUGGGACAGGGCUCGACCACGCCGCGUCGGCGCCCGCGUCCGCUAUCCAGGCGCCCGAGUCGCCGUCCCCGCCCAAGCUCAGGCCCGCGCCCACGCCGCACGAGGCGCACCACCGCCCCACCAAGUCACACCCGACGCCGCCGCCGCACCCGGAGUACAAGCCGCCUUCGCCGCCGCAUCCGGAGUACGCGCCUCCUCCGCCGCCGCCCACGGCCAAGCCGGAGCCCAAGCUCUCCAAGCUCGAGUCUUCCUACACUUUCUCCGCCGCGUUGCACAAGGUGGAGGGCCGCGCAAUUCAUUACCUCAUUGCAGAUGAUAACGGCGACGUAGAAGAUGAUAUCGAGAGUCAGACAUUCACAUUCAAUGGCUCCAGCUUGGAGGAGCUCACCGACAAGUUACAAGAGGAGACAGGCAUCGAUGAUCUUAUCGUUUGCACACGCAGCCCUAUCAAUGGGAAGCUCAUUCCUCUCCUUCUGCGUCUGCCACCAAACAAUGCAGCAAUGCAUAUUGUGCUCGUCCGCGAAUCCUCGAAAGUGGCAGAAACAUUUCCAUUCCCAUAUGGUUCAUAAUCUGUGGAGGCAAGGCGGUGACUUUUAGUCAUGCGAUGGAGUGGUGGAUUGUACAUCUGGUCAAGACUGUUCUUUUGGAACUAUACCGGCUAUUCUGGGUAUCUUUGGGUAUCAGAAUGCAACUAGAGUAGUGCUUUCCAGCCAGGAUCGCUUUUUUGUGUCUAUAAAAUGUUAGAUGAAAUUUAAACUGGCAGAGAUAUAUUGGUGAAAAUCUAGAGAGGUGUUCAUAGUAAUUUAUAGACUAGUUGGGGAUUGAUACUUGAAGUAUUAUGUUCUCUUGAUUCCAUGUUGGCCAAGAAUUUGUCCUAUACAUUCAACUCAACAUUCUUCACAUCAUCCAUCAAAUAUAAGUUAGUUGGUA